UAACACACAUCAUUUUCACACUUUAUUUUCAACUCGCAGCUGAAUAUCCACCAUGGAAUACUUACUCGGGAUCACGGGGCCGGAUUUCGUGCUCGUCGCCUCCGAUAACGUCGCAGCGAGCAGCAUCAUUAAGAUGAAACACGACUACGACAAGAUGUUCAAGCUCAGCGAGAAGAUUCUGCUCCUGUGUGUCGGGGAAGCAGGAGACACUGUGCAGUUUGCAGAGUACAUCCAGAAGAAUGUGCAGCUCUACAAAAUGAGGAAUGGUUAUGAACUCAGUCCAUCAGCAGCAGCAAACUUCACACGAAAGAACCUUGCAGACUAUCUCCGGAGCAGGACUCCGUAUCAUGUGAACCUGUUGCUGGCGGGCUACGAUGACACAGACGGCCCGGGUCUCUUCUACAUGGACUACCUGUCCGCCCUGGCCAAGGCCCCCUUCGCGGCCCACGGCUAUGGAGCCUUCCUCACUCUAUCCAUUCUUGACCGUCACUACAAACCAGAUCUGACCCGGGAGGAGGCGAUGGAUCUGCUGAGGAUGUGCAUUCAAGAACUGAACAAGCGCUUCGUCCUGAACCUCCCCUCCUUCACAGUCCGUUUGAUUGACAAGGACGGCAUCCAUGACCUGGAGAAGCUCACCGUCGUCCCUGAGUCCAGUCCGGCGCUGAAGGCUCAAUAGUACUGAUCAAACAUGUGGUCGACAAAAGUGAAUAUUCCUGGGCUGAACGAGCACUUCAUCCUGAACCUCCCCUCCUUCACUGGACGUUUGAUUGACAAGGAGGGCAUCCAUGACCUGGAGAAGCUCACCGUCGGCGCCAAGUGACCGUUCACUGCUUAACCACAACCCUGACGCCCUCUCUCUUUUUUUUUUUUUGUACUGUUGACCUCCUUGCUCUUUCUGUUCCAAUAAAGUGACACACACACAGUUGAGAUACAA